AUGCGCACACCGCUCUCCUUCACCUCCUCGUCUUCCUCAGCAGAAGAGGAGCGCACGGCUCUCCACCGCAGACGCUCGGGAGGACACGGGCGGGGCGUGUAUCGUAGCAACGACUACAAUAGCGCCCCCUUAUCCAGUACCGCGCCUCGCGCCUCGCGCCGUCGUCGUCACUCGCACGGGCAUUCAGAACUCGAUGAGCGCCACAGCCUCCUCGUGCCGGAUGACAGCAAUACAGUGGGACAGCUCACAAGCGCAGAGCCCCUUACCCAUGACUACCCAAUCGACAUGGAGUCGGAGCCCGGUGCCGACAUGGUAGAGGUAAGGGACGUGGUGGCGAGCGAAUUUCUGGUGCCGGCGUGGCGCCGUGGCAGCCGCCUCCUCGAACCCCGCAUUCUCCAGGCUGUCGAUGCACAGACAGAGGAGAUCAGCGGUGGCAACGAUCGAGCGGAACAGGUCGAAGACCACAGUAUCAGUAUUAGUCAAUCCAUAUCAGUCAUUCUCCCGGGGCCGCGCUUAACGACUACAGCUAGUGCCCCGCCGCUGGUGCCAAGUCCUCAGACGAACGCCCCCCCACUCCUUUUGCGGCCGCCCAUGCAAGAGGCCGAGAUGCCUGCUGACCCGCGCACCCGCUUGCUUGACCUGGUCAUCAGCAACACCACUGCGAGUAUUACACUCGCAGAGAUGGAAAAGGAGAUGAACUGGACCGCACGGUAUACUGCCACGUACGGGCCGCUGAAGGAGUACCUGCAAUCGUACCAGUCCAUCUUCGUCGUGUCCCCCGUGGACGACCGCGUGCGACUGCGGCGACUUUUUUCCGGCCGCACGAACGCCCUCGCACGAGAGGCCCCCCAACCAUUGCAGCGCUCGUCAUCACUGGCCUUACGCCAGCGACACGGACGCCGCACCGGGCGAGAUACGACACACCGAUCGCAGUCCGGAGCAGACCGGCGAACCGGUAAACCGUCCCUGCCCUCUGCAGAAGCGCUGGCGGCUCACAUUGGCAGCAUCAGCUACAGCUGCAUCGCAGAGCGCCUAGACCUGGAUGCGCUGGAGACGGUCUAUCACCGUCGGGGCUACAAGACAGAGAUGGCGCACGCUGUCCUGCACGUCUCGAGUAUGAACUCCUUUGACCUGUUCCUGUUUUCCAAUGGCGCGGUCGUGUGGUGGGGCAUGGACCGUAAAAACCACUGGAUGGUGGACGACGACUUCCUGUCCGCCUCGAAUCAUCUGCUCGAAGGGACCGAGCAUCGCUACCUCCAAGCUGAAAUUGAUGCCCUCUUCCCUAUUUGGUGCUCGUAUGAAAUCGAUGAGCAGUGUGAGGUUGUCCAGCCACCCUCGCCACUGGGGUUUCAGCUAUUGGAGGUCGAACCAGCGCUUGAUCGGCUCGCCAAGGUGCUCUGCUUUGACCACUAUCUUGUUCCUGCCAGCGAGCCGGCACGCAGCCUCGUUAUGCUCACCUUUUCCCACUCACUCGGCCGCUCUGCCGGGGUGGACUAUUUUGAGUACGUGACAAAGUGGUCACACCGCCAUAUUCUCUCAACCCCCGCUGAGUUCACUGGACUGCUCGACUACUACUCGACGAAGCGACGCAUUGCCAGACUCGAGGGCGAGAUUGCCGUUGCUCAACUUGCGAUUCAGUCGAUUCAUGACAUCCCUGAGGUGCUGUGGGAGGAGCCGUGGCUGCAAGGGUUCUACGAUAUGGCCGAGCAGCAGAACACGACCGAUUCGCGACUUUCAUGGUUUACCUCGCGCAGUGAUAUGCUCCUGGAGCAGCUGAGCGACAUCAAAGGCCGGCGGUAUCGCCUCUUCAUGCUCGGCUCCGACGUCUUUCUUAUUGUUCUCCUCAUUAUGGAUGUGAUGCUCAUGACCUCUCACUUGGUCUCGAUGAUGUACUUUGAGGUGAACAAAGCGGCCUAA